GUAAACCAAGCGAUUGUGGUACUGAAUAAGGAGUCUAUCGCUCCCAUAGAGGCUGCUCGGGGAACGCUUAACUAUGGGUUCAGUGCCAUACACAUUAAAAUAUAUAAAGGGGACUCUAAUUCCUCGGGAAGUCCUGCCGGCAACCCAGCCGAGCAGGUGCUUGCGGAGGAAGUGGAGGCCCCUGGUGUGCCGGAGGACGGCUAUUCAACCGACUCGUCGCUAAGCAGAGAGAUGCGAGCGAUGGGACCGGCAAUCGACGAAGUGGACCUGAGCGAUUCGGAGGCCGACGUUACUGUGGUGGAGGUUGCAGCUGGGGAUGUCGCUAAGACUCCUGCAGAUCAACCUACAUCACAGUAAAGCAGCGUCCGCUGCUCUUUUGCUUCGCCUGGCCAAAGGCGAAGCCGACGUGGUCUUAGUUCAGGAACCCUGGGUAGCAGGAGGCAGGGUUGCUGGACUGGGAACAAAAGACUACAAGCUUAUGCUUGACCCCAAACAAGCAACGGAGACAACACAGCAAUAAGCCUGGAGCUGCAAAGCGGCUCUUUUAGGAUGCUAUCGGCCUACAUGGCUUCCGAAAAGGUAGACCCCCAGACGCGCUAGUCAGAGGACUGGU